AUGGGAAUCCACACUGGAGGGAAACACUGUAAAUGUAAGGAAAGUGGGAAAGCCUCCAUUAGUUCUUCUUACCUUGCUAAAGAUAGAAAAUCUCAGACAGGAGAGAGGCCCUUUGUAUGUAACAAAUGCAGAAAGUCUUUUAAACAUUCCUCAUCCCUUAAUAUUCACAUUGGAAUUCAUGCUGGAAUAAAACCCUAUGAAUGUAAGAAAUGUGGGAAAGCCUACACUGCAUUCUCAAGCCUUACUAAUCAUAUAAAAACUGAUAAUGGAGAGAAUCCUUUUCAGUGUAAUACGUGUGGGAAAACAUUUACCAGUUCUUGCUUGAUCAUUCACAUGCGUACUCACACUGGAGAGAAAUCCUGUGAGUUUAAGAAAUGUGGGAAAGCCUUCAUUUCUUCAUCAAUUCUGAGUGAACAUGUACGAAUUCAUACUGGAGAGAAACCCUAUGAAUGCAACGACUGUGGGAAAGGCUUCAUUAGGAGUUCAGGCUUAACUAGACAUAAACAAAUUCACACUGGAGAGAGAACUUAUGAAUACAACAAAUGUACAAAAUCCUUCUUUAGGAAUUCAGACUUAAUUACACAUAAAAGAAUUCACACUGGAGAGAAACCCUAUGAAUGUAUGGAAUGUGGGAUAGCAUUCAGUGUUUCCUCAAGCCUAACGGCACAUGCAAGUAUUCACACUGGAUAGAAACCCCAUAA